AGCCGUCGUCCUUCACCAGCAUCAACAUGAGAGCUAUUUUGCUGCUUUGUACGCUGCAUGCAGCUUUUGGUGAGGGUGGAUAUGACUGGGUGGAUCCUUCCUCUACUUCUGACACAGCAUCCAAUCUGUGUUAUUUGGAUCAGCAAUCGUGUGGCUGCUGUCUGAUGCAGAAGCAAUUGAAUAGGAUGCAAAACUACUUUAACGUAAGCGUUGAAGGACUGCAAUCUGUCCUGACAGAAUCAAAGAAUGCCCUCAACAAUAUCAGAGCCAGCCGCAGUGUCUUUUCUGUCGCUCUCAACAGAAACAUUAGAAUGGACUGCUUUGGCCCCUUCCGCGAUGACACGCUCAUCCCUUACAAAUAUGUCUCUAUUAAUCUGGGUGAUGGCUACAGUACGGAAACCGGUACCUUCACCGUUCCUCGCACUGGUGUCUACAGCCUCGCCGUCACCAUCUACAGUGACAUUGAUUCUGUUAUUUCUCCGUUAGCCGCCUGUGCUAAACUGCAGGUUAACGGCCAUGCUGUGGCUGUUUUACCUGAACAUAAAGGCAAUGACCCUGAAGACAGUACCACUGUGGUAUUGGCCAUGGAACUGAAAGCUGGGAACCAGGUGGCGGUCAACCUGCCAGCAGGAUGUGUCCUCUGUGAUAGCCAAAGCCACUUCAACACUUUCACUGGCUUCCUGCUGUAUGCCACCGACUCAUAGACAAAUUCUAGCUGAUUACGGCUUUGCACUU